AUGAAAGCAAAUUCCAAAGUACCUGAUGCAGUUGAAGGGGACGUUGAUAAAGACGUGCAGCCGUUCAUUAAAAGAAGGUUAUUUUUACCCGAGGGCCGAUGUUCUCAUAGCGUUAUACAAGUGAAUGGGAAUGAAAUUAGUUCUAUUUCGGUUCGUCAAAUGAAAGUGGAUACCAACAAGAUCAUUGAUGAUCACAAAAAGAGAAUGCUGCCAAGAUUUAGGUAACAAACAUCUUUAUCAUAAACUAAUAAUGUUAAUAUUUUUGUACGAGGGUGUAUCAAGGUAGGAUGCUGGAGGGUGUUACUUGAGUACUUCUUAUAUGUACGUAUAUAUAAUCUUUUUUUACAUUUCCUGAUAUACCUUAUUGCAUGAAAUUUUGGCGACUCUUUAGUUAAGCGAAUUUGAAAAAUCGCUUAAUGAAAAUGAAGCAAAAUUAAGUGUCGCUAUAUUAAAUCUUUUGUUCGUUCACAAUUAAGUUCCAGAACGUUGUAUGGUUUUGAUUUGAAUGAAGCUAUUGACGUUUAGGAUUAUUUUUCUCACAUAAAUGUUCUCUUUUCAUGUAAAAAUUUUGAAUGCCUUACUUUGCCAAAGUUUCCGUACAUUAAAUCGCGAAAAUUAAGUAACUUUUGUACCAAAUUAAAAUUUACGAAAAAUCGCUAAAUUAACGUUUCGCCAAAAUUUCAUGUAAUGAGGUAUUAAAUUGUUUUUUACAUUUGUAAUCUUUUUUCUUUUUUUAAAAUUAUCAUUAUUGUCAUGCGUUUAUACAUGAGCUGUUAGCUCGGACUGAUUGGUUGAUUGAUUGAUUGAUUGAUUGAUUGAGAGUGCCCGCACCACCAUAAAAGUGAUCUUCUUUAUAAAGUGUUGGUGGGACGCUUUGAUGCGUUUGAAUAUUAGUUCAUAGAACACCUGCCACGUCUAAUUUUCAAGGGAAGCCAAUUAAUUAGAGCACUGCACCGGUAUCGCAGAGGCCAGGGUUCGAAUUCCGCCCAGCCUGAUUUUUUUCAGGCUUUCUUUUCGCAACUGCAUAAGUUGCUUCUUGAACUGCGAUGCUCUUCUUUGUAUUUAUUUCUUCUUAUAAACUAUUUUUAUAAAGGGAUGAUCCACCCGGAAGGACCACUUUGAGCGCUGAACAAGAACUACUCAGACUGUCCGAGGCUAAUCCCGAGGGCCUGGGUACUAUGGAUCCUAUCAAAGAUUUUAACAUCCGGGACAUUGAUAUGGUUACGACGAUAGCGCGUAAACAGAGUCUUGAGGAACAAAUAAUAAAUUACAAGUGCUUGAAUUGUCCUACGUUUGCUGAGCACGUAAGUGAGUUGCUGCUUUUCGAGCAGAUCUAAAGUUGACCGGGUUUUUUAAUUUGUUCUUCUACAAAAUUGCAGCUAACGCAACAGCGACCACUUUGGUUUACAAGAACAAAAACGUUUCUAUUCUGAGGAAAAAAAUUGUAGGUUUUGUCAACCAACAUAGCCGAACUGUUUUUGUUUCAGUAAACCUUGUUUAAUCAGAAAGGAAAAACGAAAUGAAUCGUGGUACUUGUAGUAAAAGGAUGCCGUUGUGAAGUGGCGUAUUAUAGUCACUUGGUCGAUUGUUCGUGUGUUUAUGAAGAGUUUAAAAAAAUUUGAAACCACAGAAGCAUUGGAAAAAUUUAAAUGUUUAUACCUGAACAUCAUUUUGAUGACUCUGUUUCUCACGGACGCUUUGUUUCUUCUUGUAGUUUAAAUCUGUGGCGAAUCAGGUGAAACUGAUUGAAUACGUGACUACACUGAGAUAUCUGUUGUCAGAUGAAAGUCUUCAACACAGAGAAGAGCUGCAGCAAAGAAUUCAGGUAGACUGAGGUUAUGGCAAGAAGUGCCGUAUAAUUACGCUUCCCAAUAGAUUUCUUCAAUUCCGUAAUCCCGAUCUAAAAUGUCGUGCAGUAGUUAUUUUUGGUAUCCAUCUCCCGCGCAUACUUUCAAUACCGAAUCUCGCCCCGAUUUUGCUUUAAAAUAUCAAAUCCCGAGCUGCAAAUAAAGGAAAUCCCGGAUUCCGAAAAACUAUUGUGAGCCUCUGUAAUGGAUAAUUACAAGAUCGUGAGGGACUGAGGCCUAGGCCAAACGUCGAACUUUUCAUGAGACGAACCAAACUUAGUGAGUUAUGUUCAUGAAAAGUGCGACGUCUGGCUCAGUUAAAUUCGUCUGAAUGAGUUUAGAUCGUCCAACAUGUUCUAUCCGUCUGCUUCAGACGGAUAGGACGUCUGAAGAUAGUCUCUGGGACAAACGUCGACCUUCACAUGCGACGAACUAAACUAGUAAAUUAAAAAUUUGUAUAAUAAUGUGCAUUUAGCCUCGUUCGGGAGAAAAUUUAUUAAAAUUGCUUUUUGUGCUGAUUCAGUUGGUUGGUUCGACGCGUCCUUAUUUCGACGUCUGAUCCAACAGACGAUCUUAACUUAAUUUAGGUCGACCCAAAUUUGCUUGGUUCGUCUUACGAAAAAAAUUCGACGUUUGGCCCAGGCCUUACAGAGCCAAAGAUGCGAAUGAACUCGAACGAGAUCUCGAACUUAAUUAUGUUGACCAUUUAUAAUCGCCUUUAGACUUGGGAGUUACUAGUUGUUGACACUUUUGUUGUUCGAUACUUAAAAGUUAUUCGGUGGCAGCUGCUUAGUGUAAAAGUUUUAAAAUUAAUCCUCAAGAAAAAAUACAGGAGUAAUCUGCCACUGGACAACUGAUAAGUAGAAGUGAUUAAACACCAGCAGUCAUAGAAGUUUUCGAUGUACACACUAAAUUAAAGUUACCGAUAAUUUUGGCCUAGCUCUAUUUAGGGCUAAUAACAAAUUGUACAUUUUUAGUCAUAGUUUACGACAACAAAUAGCUAGCCUAUCGUGGCCCUAAAUACCCUGGCUCCGAAAGUCCGUUCUCGAAAAAACCUAGGGUAAAAUAACUGUGUGCAUGGCUCGGUAAAGCUCCCGAGACGUUUUUUUUCUCUUCCUCUCUCUCUCGGCGCUUCGUGUCUCGCUGGCAUCUAGGGUAGGGCCUAAAUCAUUUUGUUACAAUGUUAACAGGGUUAAUAUUCUGAGACCCGACUAAAACAGAAAAAAAUUGUCGUUCACCGAACUUCCUUUUCUUUUCCAGGUGCUUCAAAGACUGCGCUACGUAGACGCUAAUAACGCGGUACAGCUUAAAGGAAGAGUGGCUUGUGAGAUUAGUAACCAUGAACUAAUCAUUACAGAACUAGUGUUUGAAAAUGUCUUCACCGAUCUUCAUCCUACAGAGAUUGUUGCUUUACUCUCUUGUUUCGUGUUUCAGCAGGUACUAAUCAUGUGACAGUCUUGGCCAGAAUAAAUGGAAAAGCAAACCUCGCUCGUCCCUCCCCCCACCCCCCCAUGUUUGGUGGUUUAUGGGACUUGUUAACACCUAGGUUUUGUAGAGGUGGUCUUUUGUGUCGUGAUAGGUGCCAUAGAACAAACAGUCGGGUAGCAACGAGAGGGAAUCAUGGGACAUCUCUUCACUAUUCUCUCUUGGUCUCGUAGCAAAGCUUGCUUAGUUUAAGCGUGUUUCUAGUGUUAAUUAAUACAUCGAUAAAAUAGAUUUGGUUUUCCUAAAUGGUUGAUACUAAACCAUUCAUAAAAUAAGCUCGUACCAGUAGCAGUCCUACCAGUCACCAAAUGGUUCAGCCUGAAUGUGGAGCCAAAUCAAACGUCUGUCAAGCAAAAACUUAGCCAAAUCACCAAGACGUUUCUGGCCGCCAUCAUCCACGCGCGAUUGGUAUGGUAAGCCAGUGUCUGGAAUCCGGAAGGACUUAUUGGUUUAAUUCUUUUUCCGAAAUCCUGUGUGUUCAUUUCCUCAAAAAGCAGUGAAAAUUUCUUCCGUCCAGAUUUGGAUUUCAGAUUCGUACGAUACGCUUAUGGCUACGGUCACGUUUGCGACCAACCAAUUCCUUAGCUAUCUUCGAAGCAUACUUCUAAAGCUAUAUGAUCAGACUAUACCGGAUGCCGACACCAAAAGCUAUCCGUUUCAUUAUGAACACAUAUCCUAUAUGUGACUACCUCCACUUUAGGGAUCGGCCAGGCGCAGCUUCGCUCCGUUACAAAAAUCGCGCCAAAAAUCCCCGUUCUUAUGUGUGAACAUAAGUGCUAUAUAUCUUGGCGCUAUCCAGUACGGUUUUGGUGCCGGCACAAAAGCUCUCCGGAAUAGUGGAACAUAGCUUAAGAGUCAAGAGCUUGCUCCGCUGAAACUACAGUUCCGUUUUUUUUUUCUUUUCAGCGCCGAUGCAGUGAACCGAACUUGACGAAAACACUCGAAGAGGUAUUGUGUAAUUACAUAGAAUUACAAACGUACGAAUUUGUGCGAUUUUUAUUCUUCUGAUCGAAUUCGGGUAAACUCGUAUGUAAUGUAAAGGAUGAGAGAAGCAAUUGGUAAUUUAAAUUGUUUGAUAAUUUGUUCGACAGAUAGAUAUCAAACGUUCUUUUGAUAGUUGUCUGAACCCUCUGGAUAUUGAAAAGUUCGGAACAGGGCCCAUGCAGCUGCUAAGACGCUGGACAGCGCUCUGGUGCCCGUUUUUCGAAAAUCCUGCAGUCCACUGCCAUUCCAUUCGGUGGUGGCGGCGGCGGCAGCGGCAAAAACUUCACUUCGUGUUCCUUUAAUCUUGAUGGCGAUUAUUUCAUCUCAUUUACUUUGUCAAAUGUAGGCGAUCUCUCCUGGAGUUGAAUUCCUAAGAACCAUAUUCAAGUAAAGAAAGAGAAACAAAAUUUCUUCGUUUACUUGAUUAUAUUCUCUAUAAAAAUGUCCACGUCGUAGUCGAACAUUGACGGAAAAGACAUGUACGAAGAAGUGUAUUGCACAUGCACGUUGUUGUUUUGAUUAUUAAACCCAUUGCUUAUUUUGACAUACCAUGAGCUCUCCAUUUGAAUUCCGACUCUAGGUUUAUUUUCGUUUGCACUGUUAACAUUUUAGGUUUGGUAAUUUUGUGUUAAUUGCAAGAUUGUAUGUGGAUUUAUCAGCAAUCUUUUUUCCUUGUCAUUUGGUUAAUAUUAAUAUUUUUUUGUAAUUACGUUUGAUCAUUACAACGCGCAUUGUGAGAUAAAAAUUAUUAUUUCUUUAUUUAUUAUUAGUUAUUUAUAAUUUGUUUACUGGGUUUUUAUUUUUAGGGUAAGCAGUGUAUAUUGGAUAUGGCGGAACGUAUUGCUCACCUGCAGUCUGAAUGCGGUCUCAGUACAUCAGUACAAGAGUUUAAAGAGCAGUACCACUUUGGUCUGGUCGAGGCUGUGUUUGAGUGGGCGCGAGGAAUGCCUUUCUCGGAAAUAACUAAUUUGACUGAUGUUCAAGAAGGUGCGUUAGUGAAAAGUUUUUCGCCCAAGAAUGUAGCUAAGGGGCUUUAAGGUGCCGAAAAGUUUUGAAUAAACAACAAAAAACAAAUCAAAUGGGAUGCAUCACUUUAAAGGAACAGUAUCCCGUUACUGCGCAUGCACCAAACUUUGUCGCGAAAUCAAAAGAUGCGAGGAGAGUAAGACAACCUUGAAAAAUCUGUUUGCAUUGCGCUUGACCGAGUUCGAUACUACACUAAAACUUCUCAGGAUUACAGAUCAAUGAUAUAUUGUUCCCGAUUAGUUUCGAUUUAGGCGAAAUCGGGAUUUUUUGGGCGUUACUUAAUUGCCGUUGGUCGGAGGACCAAAAGAUGGGAAGCGCUCUUAUGGCGAUUGAAGGCUUAUUUCUUCUACCAGCUUCCAUACAAGCUUAGAUAAUUGUGAAAGGAAUACGCAGAAAUGAAACAGCAAUAAUAGAGACUGUGAGAAAGAAACCAUUGAGACAUGAAUGUGACUGAGGAGAUCUUGUGGAAUUAAGCUUCGUGAAGCAGAAUGUUUUGCAACGACGCGUUAGUAAACUUUUUAAAGGAACCUUCCUACGGCCGACAAAAUCAAACAAACAGGCGCUACAUGUUUAGAAAAACUAGUACAAUGAAAUCAUAAUAUAAUUUUUGACUAACCUUUGCGAUAAUUCAUCGCGUUGCGAUUACAUUUUUAUGUAUAUCCUUCAAACGUUUGAGACUAGAACGCGAGCAAAUCAUUCAAAUAUUACUGGACUUGGAACAAUUGACCUCUGACAGGAGUUUCACAUUAGGAAAGCUGUUUUUAAAGCGAGCGGAAGGAGAUUUUCGGGUCGCGAGGCGGCCCCGCUAGCGACAAAAUCGCGAUGAGUCCUCGUGCCGCGAGCCAAAUUUUAAAUAAGACGAAAAAUUUCUUCGAAAGUUUAAAAUAUUGCUUGAGAUUGUAAACAACAAAUCUCCGUCGGCGGUGUGGUCCGGAAGGAAAUCUUGUCGAGUCAAUAUGACAGUUCUAUUGUCUUUUGAAGAAGAAUAAAUAUGACGCUCGCGCGUGCGCACAAUCGGGACACUGUCCCUUUAAUAUAAUUCCUGGCCUAUAGGUAAACCUCGUUUAGAACACGAGUCAACAGUCAGCCGAUUAAAAGUAUGGGGGUACCUGUAGCUAUUUUUAAAUCUCUUUUUCAGGGAUUAUUGUUCGAUGUAUUCAGCGAUUGGACGAGACGUGUCGUGAUGUCAGAAACGCCGCUCGUAUCAUUGGGGAUCCAAAACUUGGCGAAAAGAUGGAGGAAGCAUCGGCCAUGAUAAAAAGAGACAUUGUUUUCGCAGCAAGUCUGUACACACAGUGAAAUUAUCAAAUUUACGAGUCAAUUUAUUAGCUGCUUUUACAGAAAUUCAAUCUAAAGGGUGAUGCUACACGCAACCACGAUUUUUAGCGCAACACCGCUUUGCAACAUUGUUGCUACAUUGUUUCGAAUAAUUACAACAUUGUUCCAACACUGGAACGCUGUGUUCCGGCGGAGUAAAAAUCGUCGUUGCAAAUCGUCUCGUGUAACAUCACCUUAAAACUCAAAAACGUCCAUCAUACAUUUUAAAAUUGAGCGGGAAGCUGGGUCGGUGUUUUGUCGAAUUGCACUGUGGGAGUGUUUUGGGAGACAAAUUUUACCCCAGUUUCCUACGCAGCCUUGUAACAGCCAAUAAAAAGAAAGCGAUAGCGUAUCCAGAACAAUCUUAUAAUGCAAUCGACACAAUACCCGCCAUUUUCACGUCCUGCAAGUCCCAUGACCAUUAAGAGGAGGGUUUUCAUGGCAAUCAUAGAAGGA